AUGGCAGCAAAAUAUAUUCCACCGCAUCUAAGACGGCAGCUAGCCAGUGCGGAGGCAUCCGCUGCCGCUGAUACGGAGCCCAGUGAUAGCAUUGAUCCCGUCAAUCCGGCUGGAAGUACCGUCAACGAGAGUGAGGCGAAGAUCCGCGAUGUGAAACUGGUAGCCACGUACAACUGGAUCGACGAAUCAGCGCCGACCAUACUCGUCCCGGGAUUACCCUCGACAUGGAAUCCUCCAAGUGAGAAUCAACCUCUCGAUUCUGACGAAGUCGGCCGCUUCGUGGACCAAAAUGCCGACCGGAACCCGCGCUCUCCCAUUGAGCCGCUCAUUCGCGCUGUUCUAACAGUCCAGCCCGAGUUCGCUUUUGACGGGCUCGACAUCGUCUCGGAUCGGCAAUGCAGCUCCUUCAAAUUUGGUGUCCAGCUCGUCGGCAAGACCUUGAUCCUCGUUCGCAUAGAGGACAAAACGCGUGUCUACUCGACACACCUCCAGUACCGCAACGCCUUUGAGCAAACCUACACAGCUGUCGAGCCGGUUGCAAAGCGGACCACGUCUCAUCACCGUAUCUCAAACUACAAGUUCGGGAGCAUCGACCUUCUCGUUUGGUUCGUCGCCGAUGCGUACCUGCCCAAGCACCCAUCGGUUGUGACUGGAGAGCCGACUGAAAGCAGCGCAGCUGAUCUGGUCAAGUGGACGAGCACCAUAACAUUAGCAUCGCCGCCACCAAGUCUGGAAGACCCGAACGUUGCCAAAGGGGUCUUUGUGGUUGAUGGUGGACGGAUUGUCCCACAGGCCGCUGUACUGGAACUCACGACGCGCUCUGCAUUCUCGAGAAUCCCGUUCAAGAUCAACACGAAGAUUCCAGAUUUGUGGAUCUUGCAGACGCCACAUUUUGUUGGAGCUUAUUACAAGCAUGAGAAGUAG